AUGAAGUUUUCCACAGCUGCGUUAUUAUCUUCCGUCGCUUCCGUGGCUCUUGCUGCUCCCGCUCCUGCUGACGGCCAUCAUGGAGACCACCACAAGGACGGAAAGCCUGCCGUCGUCACCGUCACCCAGUAUAUAGAGUCCAAUGCCGAUGCUACGGCCGCUGCGCCUUCUGCCGCCACUACCACCACUUUGACCUCUUCGGAACACAAGCGUGGUAACGGGUUCCAGGACGGUACCGUCAAAUGUUCCGACUUUCCCUCCGCCAACGGUGUAGUUUCCUUGGAUUGGCUAGGAUAUGGUGGAUGGGCCUCAGUGAUGGACAUGGACGCCAAUUACUCGUCGGAAUGUCAAGACGGGUACUACUGUUCCUACGCUUGCGAACCCGGUAUGUCGAAGACUCAAUGGCCUUCUAACCAGCCAAGCGACGGCAAAUCCAUCGGUGGUCUGUUGUGUAAAAACGGUUAUCUGUACCGUACCAACACGGACACUAGCGACUUGUGUUCGACUGACCAGACAUCUGCCAAGGCUGUCAACAAGAAAUCCGACUCCAUCGCUCUUUGUAGAACUGAUUACCCAGGCUCUGAAAACAUGGUCAUUCCCACUCUAGUGGAUGGGGGUGAUUCCCAACCCAUCUCCGUUAUCAAUGAGGACACUUAUUUCCAAUGGCAGGGUAAAAAGACAUCCGCUCAAUACUACGUUAACAAUGCAGGUGUUUCCGUAGAGGAUGGUUGUAUCUGGGGCACUUCUGGUUCAGACGUCGGCAACUGGGCUCCAAUAGUCUUGGGUGCUGGUUACACCAAUGGCGAAGCGUAUCUGUCGUUGAUUCCAAACCCUAACAGUAACGAAGCUGCUAACUUCAACGUCAAAAUUGUUGCAUCCAACGGUGGUGACGUUCAAGGUAACUGUGCCUAUGAAGACGGUUCCUUCACCGGCGAUGGUUCUGAUGGCUGUACAGUCUCCGUUCUAUCUGGUUCUGCUGAAUUUGUCUUCUAUUAA